CUUAAAAUGGAAAACAAUUCGCAUUCACCCGAAAAUAGUUUACUUCAUCCAAAAAUUUCCGAAUUAUAUAAAAUUAGUCAUCAAACUUAUCCCAACAAUUCCAAUUAUAUACAAGAAGACUUAACCUAUAAUUGGCACAGUUUGGAAAAGCUGUUGUUCGACGAUGGAAUCAUUUCAAAAGUUGACCCAAUUUAUCCAAAAACAUACAAAGAGUAUUUACCAUACGUUCAACUCCUCCACCAAGUCCUACGACAAAGUGAAUUAGCCUUAACUCCCGCAACUUUGAGCAACAAUGCGUGGCUGAAUAAACUACAAUGGCUUGGCCAACACUCACAAGUUUCCUUGAUUUUAGAUGAAUACCUUAAUCCCUAUCUAUCAUCAGAAACUGCCACAGUAGAAAACUUGCUAUUUCUCACAUCAGCACUAGAAAAUGCUCUGGCCAAUGUCUACCAGACGAUUGCCAAAAAGUCUCCUCCACAUCUCUUGAAAGACCUUCUUGACACUACUGAGCUAAGGGACGUUCUUGGAACUUGUCCGAUUUUCUUUCUUAAAAUCAUAAUGGGAUCACCAGAAUCGAUAAAUCUGAGGAACAUAUUUUGGCAUGGCUUCCCACUGCCUCACGAGAUUCCUGCUUGCUUUGUUGCGACACUCCUCAUCGCUAGUGCUAGUCUGUCCGAAUUGGUGAAACACAUUAUUCUUACUCCUAGACCACAAGUAAAGGAUUUCGAUCGAUUUAUGUGCAAGUUAUGGGCUACGCCAACUGAUUUCACCCUUGUCGAUAAGAUUCCUCAUGUAAUGUCUGCAAUAGAGUCCUCUCCAUGGACUGGACAGUGGAAAGUCUAUUGGAAGCAGGUUUAUCUCCACUACGAUCAAGGCAACUACUGGCGUUGCGUUGUACUUAUCCUUCCUCAGAUUGAACUUGUCCUACGUAAAAUAUAUGGUGAAAUCAAAAAGUUUGACAUAACUGCCAAACUCAACGAGUACUAUAUAACAAUGAAAAAUAUCUUCGAGGCCACAGACGAUAACCAGGUUUUCGAUUGUGGCUUGUCCAGAGGAACCUUGCAUUUUCUCUAUGACAUAUUCAUUUCUCCUUACGGUAUGAGAAUACGAGAUAAAGUCAGCCAUGGAGAAGUGGAUUUGGAUUGUGUGGGUAGAGAACUUUGUUCGGUAUUGCUUUAUGCUGGUUUGAACCUUCUGAACAAAGACGGAUUCCCAUUGGAUGGAUAUCGAAGUAGAUUCCAUUUGAAUUACUUGGCUUAUGAAGCAGUCACUACUUCGAAGCGUUUUGUUUUGGAAUUGAUGACCAUGAAAACUCCAAAAAGUCUUCACACAGAAUUUAGAUGGAGUAGUGAAGCGAUGUUGUCUCUUCAGGAGCUUACUUUCACAGAGCAUGUGGAAAUAUUUCAACGUCCUCGAAAGGAACCUGAAAUCAUGGCGCAUGUUAUGAAAAUAGCCCAGCUCAUUGUUCAGGUUUGUGAAAACUAUCAAGUGUCAUUUAAGGAACGUUUUAGAAUGUUUCUCAAUCACGAAUUGCGCUCAAGGGCGAGGAAGACUUUAGAUAGAAUGAUUGAAGCAAUGAGUGUUAUUGGAGAAACUUUGACGACAAUUGUUAAGUGCUUAGCUCAAAUAAUUGGUAACCAGAAAUAUUGUGAAAAUGAAUUCGAUAAUUGUCAAACGUUUUGUAAACAAACUUUGAGUGUUGUUGAAAACUUAGAGCGCUAUUCGGAUAGAGAAAGUAACGAAUGGUUAAAUGCAUUGGAUUGUUGCAAUAGAUUCUUGAAAAUUAGUUCGAAUUUUAAUUCUAAAUAAAAUAAGAAAA